AUGUCCGACUACGGCGGAGGAGGCGACGAUGAUCGCAUGAACGAUUUCGGCGACGGAGAAGACAACGCCGACAAUCUCAUAGAAGAAGACGACCUCCUCGAAGACUACGACCGCCCAAAUGGCGAGGGCAACGGCACAAACGAGAACGGCGAGCCUCUCGACCCCGACAACCCUGCCACGAACGGCGAAGGCCUGGACAGCACUGAUUUUGGCGCAAAUGGUGUGGUAGAAGUGGGCGAGCAGGGCAAUGCGCCGAAUGCGGCGGAUAAUACUGUCAAGGGGGUGAAGAGUAAGAGGAUUCCGGCGGAAAAGAGGACGACGACGCCUUAUAUGACCAAGUAUGAACGGGCGAGGGUGUUGGGGACGAGGGCGUUGCAAAUUAGUAUGAAUGCGCCUGUUUUGGUCGAUGUCGAGGGAGAGACAGAUCCGCUGCAGAUCGCUAUCAAGGAGCUGCGGGAGAAGAAGGUGCCGCUUGUCGUGCGGCGGUAUCUGCCUGACGGAUGGUACGAGGACUGGACGUGCGAAGAACUGAUCAACUAG